AUGUGGAUUGAGCAUUAUCAACGGGAUAAAGUAAGGUUUGAUCGUAAUGGUCCUGCUGCUAUCGCAAAGUACCAGGCGGACAAAUUGAUUCCUGGCAAGAAUGAUGGCUGUAACUCGAUCGCCCCGACACCACAUACCUUGCAAGAACUUCAAGAUACAACUCUUGGUUCUAUUUUGUCUGCACUGAUACAACACUGUGAUCCACCUCAAAGGUGCUUUCCUUUAGAGAAAGAUGUCCCUCCUCCAUGGUGGCCACAAUUAGGAUUGUCCAAAGAUCAAGGCCCUCCUCCUUAUAAGAAACCUCAUGACUUGAAGAAGUCUUGGAAAGUGGGGGUUCUUACAGCUGUAAUCAAGCAUAUGUUUCCCGAUAUUGACAAGAUCCGCAAGCUUGUACGGCAGUAA